UCUUUUUUGUUAAUGUUGAAAGUGUUGUCAAAGGCAGAUCUGUUUGAAAGGAUUAAUAGCAGCCAUCAAACCAAAGAGAGAUAAGUUUUAAUUUUUUGUCUACUAUAGAAACAUAACGGAUUAUUUCCUCUGCUGAUAACGUAGUCAACUGAUUGCUCUCAACAGUUCCACGCACGGAUCUGUAUAUGAGGUACUUGCACGACGAUCGACCCGCAAUAUAUUAAAAUGGUCAAACUAUACGCGAUCAGUGUGUUCUAUAAAGCACCAAACGAUGCUCGAGUGCUAAAAUCGACUUACGACCUACAGAGUUUUUCCUUUUUUCAAAGAGGAUCAGUUCAGGAAUUUAUCAGUUUUGCCAGCAAAACACUCGUCGAGCGGACACAAGCAGCGGCACGCCAGUCGGUCAAGCAGGAUGUCUACAUGUGCCACGUCUACGUUCGAGCGGACAAUCUCGGUGCGGUGAUAAUCUCCGAUCACGAGUACCCCCACCGAGUAGCGCAUACACUGUUGACCAAGGUUUUAGACGAUUUCAGCGCCAAAGUUAGUUCAGAUCAGUGGCCUUCCGGUAAUGAGUCUUCGAUCGAUUUCAAAACUCUACCGGCUCUACUCAGUAAGUAUCAGGAUCCACGCGAAGCAGAUGCACUGACGAAAAUGCAAGAAGAUUUAGAUGAAACAAAAAUUAUCCUCCGUAACACAAUCGAAGCCGUGCUGGAACGGGGUGAAAAGUUGGACGAUCUGGUGUACAAAUCGGAAUCCCUUUCAAUGCAAAGCAAAGCGUUCUACAAAACGGCUAAGAAAACUAACUCCUGCUGUAACUUUGGCUAAAUCCUAAGAGUCGCGAAAGUCAACUUCCAUUCAACCCACCAAUUUCGCUGAUGACUAGACGAUUAACUUUUAAAACACGAUUUGGUCAGUGCAUUUUCCAUGUGCGGGUUCUCCGGAGAUUUGCCUAAAUGUAUUGCAAAUCGUUCCAUAUUUGCUGAAGCAGAAGCGAAUUCGUUUUGGGUAACAUCUGAGUAUUUCCGGUGUUAAAAUUCUUCGAUACAAUGUCCUCGAUGGUUAUAUAAUGAUCGAAAAUGCUGAGUGGCAAAUUAAUCAAUUACAUUAGCAACUGAUUGACAUUUUAAACGAAAAAAAUGAAACUAUUUUCAAAAAUAUAUAACGAAUGAUGGAAGUUUCACGGAGAAAUAAUUCUAAUUGUAAAUUGCAUUAUUUUUUAAGAGCAUCUAACCAGUGCUUUAUUUGAGUGAGUUUAAUCAGAGUAAAUUAUGAUAUAUGAGAUUCUCUGCAUAAGCACAGACUAAACACGACGACUGAUUAUUCCACUGAAAACACUCCAUAUGGCAUAAUAUUUAUUGCAAGACAGCGACAUUUGUGUUACGACGUAAUGAUUUUUCGAACAAAUAUGGUAUCAGUCAUUAUUGAGAAUGUAAAUCUCAUUCAUGAAAAGUGGUGAAAUAUCCAGAAAAGCAUUCAAAAGGAUUUUGAACCAUACAAAUAAAACGAAAUGUAGAAAAUCUAUCGGGUUUCUAGUUACAAAAUUCGUUAUACCAAACGUCCGUGUCAUUUCUUCAUAAUAACUAUUAUGCCAUAAGAGGCACACCCAGAAACAACAGUUGAUAAAACCAAGGAAAGCUUAAGCUGCGAGUAGGAAUUCCAUUAACCGAUUACUCUAGGGUAAUUUCGAAAGGAAUCGUGAUACAAAGAAGGUAGAUAUUUCAGUGAUAAGUAUUAUUGUUGAAAUGGAUUGAUCGAUGACUGAGUUCCGAGUUCGUAAAACCGUGAUACCUAUGGGAACUUACCAACAUUAUAUUCUUUAUUGAGUAAAUCCUGUCGUGGAAAGAUUUCUAUAUGUAGUCACCGUAAAUUACCAAUAUUGUUUCCAAUUGGCUAAAAUGAGCUCUAUGGACAUAUUAUAUACCCACUAUUAGACCCAAAAACAUUAUAUCUUACUUACUCAUUUCAAAUCUCGCGAUUUGUAUCUGGCCGCUUUCAAGCUACUAUAGAAAUGAAUUGAAUCAUCACCUGAAGCGAGCGAUUGGUAAUAACCCAACUGCAUACAAUUACGUUACGUCAUCACGUGUGCAAUGUUCAGAUGAAAAGGCAAACAAUAAUCGAAAUGCAACAAUAAAGCUAUUAGUUUAAAUGUGAAGCGUUAAUAUUGUAAGGAAAAUACAUCAACAUAGUUUAACCACA